CCAUCGACUUCUGAAACUACUAAUAGUACGACUGUGACUGUUCCUACAACUUCCACUGAGGUAACGACGACUGAAUCACAAGCAACAUCUACUGAAACUACUGAGAGUAUCACUGUGACUGUUCCUACAACUUCCACUGCGGUGACGACUACUAAGACGCAGGCAGCACCUACCGUAACUGCUGAGAGUACUACUCCGACUGUUACUGCAACUUCUACUAUCGUAACCACUACUGAAACACAAGCAGCGCCUACCGAAACUGCUGAGAGUACUACUCUGACUGUUCCUACAACUUUUACUGUGCUAACGAUAACUGAGACACAGUCUGUGCCUGCCGAAACUACUGAGAGAACUACUGAGAGUACAACCGUGACUGUUCCUACAACUUCGACUAUGGUGACCACUACUGAGACACAGCCAUCGACUUCUGAAACUACUGAGAGAACUACUGAGAGUACGACCGUGACUGUUCCUGCAACUUCUACUGUCGUAGCCACUACUGAAACACAGGCAGCGUCUACUGAAACUACUGAGAGUACUACUCUAACUGUUCCUACAACUUCUACUGUGGCAACGACUACUGAGACACAAGCAGUGCCUGCCGAAACAACUGACAGAACUACUGUGAUUGUUCCUACAACCUCACUUGUGGUAACAACUACUGAGACACAGCCUGUGCCUAUCGAAACUACUAAGAGUACUUAUGUGACUGUUCCUGCAACUUCUACUGUGGCAACAACUACUGAGAGACAGCAAUCGACUUCUGAAACUACUGAGAGAACUAGUGAGAGUACGACCGUGACUGUUCCUACAACGUCUACUGUGGCAACAACUACUGAGACGCAGCCUAUACCUAUCGAAAAUACUAAGAGUACUACCGUGACAGUUCCUACAACUUCUACUGUGGCAACAACCACUGAGACGCAGCCAGCGCCCUCUGAAACUACUAAUAGUACGACUACUGUGCCUACCGAAACAACUCAGAGUACUACUGUGACUGUUCCUACAACUUCUACUGUGGCAACAACCACUGAGACGCAGCCAGCGCCUAGCGAAUCUGCUGAGAGUACUACUCUGACUGUUCCUGCAACUUCUACUGUCGUAGCCACUACUGAAACACAGGCAGCGUCUACUGAAACUACUGAGAGUACUACUCUAACUGUUCCUACAACUUCUACUGUGGCAACGACUACUGAGACACAAGCAGUGCCUGCCGAAACAACUGACAGAACUACUGUGAUUGUUCCUACAACCUCACUUGUGGUAACAACUACUGAGACACAGCCUGUGCCUAUCGAAACUACUAAGAGUACUUAUGUGACUGUUCCUGCAACUUCUACUGUGGCAACAACUACUGAGAGACAGCAAUCGACUUCUGAAACUACUGAGAGAACUAGUGAGACCAUCGACUUCACGUCUACUGAAACUACUGUUCCUACAACUUCUACUGUGGUAACAACUACUGAAACACAGCCAUCGACUUCUGAAACUACUGAGAGUACUACUGUGACUGUUCCUCCAACUUCUACUGUGGUAACAACUAGUGAGGCAAAGCCAACGUCUACUGAAACUACUGUUCCUACAACUUCUACUGUGGUAACAACUACUGAAACACAGCCAUCGACUUCUGAAACUACUGAGAGUACUACUGUGACUGUUCCUCCAACUUCUACUGUGGUAACAACUAGUGAGGCAAAGCCAACGUCUACUGAAACUACUGUUCCUACAACUUCUACUGUGGUAACAACUACUGAAACACAGCCAUCGACUUCUGAAACUACUGAGAGUACUACUGUGACUGUGCCUCCAACUUCUACUGUGGUAACGACUACUGAGACACAGCCAUCGACUUCUGAAACUACUGAGAGUACUACUGUGACUGUGCCUCCAACUUCUACUGUGGUAACGACUACUGAGACACAGGCAGUGCCUGCCGAAACAACUGAGAGAACUACUGUGAUUGUUCCUACAACUUCACUUGUGGUAACGACUACUGAGACACAGGCAGCGUCUACCGAAACUACUGAGAGUACUACUGUGACUGUACCUCCAACUUCCACUGUGGUAACAACUACUGAAACACUGGCAGCGUCUACCGAAACUACUCAGAGUACUACUGUGACUGUUCCUAGAUCUUCUACUGUGGUAACAACUACUGAGACACAGCCAUCGACUUCUGAAACUACUGAGAGUACUACUGUGACUGUUCCUCCAACUUCUACUGUGGUAACAACUAGUGAGGCAAAGCCAACGUCUACUGAAACUACUGUUCCUACAACUUCUACUGUGGUAACAACUACUGAAACACAGCCAUCGACUUCUGAAACUACUGAGAGUACUACUGUGACUGUUCCUACAACUUCUACUGUGGCAACCACUAGUGAAUCACAAGCAUCAUCUACUGAAACUACUGAGAGUACUACUGUGACUGUUCCUACAACUUCUACUGUGGCAACGAGUAUUGAGACACAGCCAUCGACUUCUGAAACUACUGAGAGAACUACUGUGACUGUGCCUACAACUUCUACUGUUGCAACAACUACUGAGACACAGACUGUGCCUACCGAAACAACUCAGAGUACUACUGUGACUGUUCCUACAACUUCUACUGUGGCAACAACUACUGAAACACAGACUGUGCCUAUCGAAACUACUAAGAGUACUACUGUGACUGUUCCAAAAACUUCUACUUUGGCAACAACUACUGAGACACAGCCUAUGCCUAUCGAAACUACUAAGAGUACUACUGUGACUGUUCCAAAAACUUCUACUUUGGCAACAACUACUGAGACACAGCCUAUGCCUAUCGAAACUACUAAGAGUACUACUGUGACUGUUCCAAAAACUUCUACUUUGGCAACAACUACUGAGACACAGCCUAUGCCUAUCGAAACUACUAAGAGUACUACUGUGACUGUUCCAAAAACUUCUACUUUGGCAACAACUACUGAGACACAGCCUAUGCCUAUCGAAACUACUAAGAGUACUACUGUGACUGUUCCAAAAACUUCUACUUUGGCAACAACUACUGAGACACAGCCUAUGCCUAUCGAAACUACUAAGAGUACUACUGUGACUGUUCCAAAAACUUCUACUUUGGCAACAACUACUGAGACACAGCCUAUGCCUAUCGAAACUACUAAGAGUACUACUGUGACUGUUCCAAAAACUUCUACUUUGGCAACAACUACUGAGACACAGCCUAUGCCUAUCGAAACUACUAAGAGUACUACUGUGACUGUUCCAAAAACUUCUACUUUGGCAACAACUACUGAGACACAGCCUAUGCCUAUCGAAACUACUAAGAGUACUACUGUGACUGUUCCAAAAACUUCUACUUUGGCAACAACUACUGAGACACAGCCUAUGCCUAUCGAAACUACUAAGAGUACUACUGUGACUGUUCCUACCACUUCUACUGUGGCACCGACAACUGAGACACAGCCAUCGACUUCUGAAACUAAGAAGAGUACGACUGUCAUUGUUCCUACAACUUCUUCUGUGGCAACGACUACCGAGACACAGCCUGUGGCUACCGAAACUACUGAGAGAACUACCAAGAGUACGACUGUGACUGUUCCUACAACUUCCACUGCGGUGACGACUACUAAGACGCAGGCACCACCUACCGUAACUGCUGAGAGUACUACUCCGACUGUUACUGCAACUUCUACUAUCGUAACCACUACUGAAACACAAGCAGCGCCUACCGAAACUGCUGAGAGUACUACUCUGACUGUUCCUACAACUUUUACUGUGCUAACGAUAACUGAGACACAGUCUGUGCCUGCCGAAACUACUGAGAGAACUACUGAGAGUACAACCGUGACUGUUCCUACAACUUCGACUAUGGUGACCACUACUGAGACACAGCCAUCGACUUCUGAAACUACUGAGAGUACUACUGUGAAUCUUCCUGCAACUUCUACUGUGGUAGCCACUACUGAAACACAGGCAGCAUCUACUAAAACUACUGAGAGUACUACUGUAACUGUGAUUCCUGAAUCGACAGAAACCAUGGAAUCAACUAAAACCACAGAAUUACCCGAAAUUGCAGGAUCAAAAGGAAUCACGGAAUCAACAGGAGUCACGGGAUCAACAGGAAUCACAGAACCAAUAGGAAUCACAGAGACAACAGGAAUUACGGGAUCAACACAACCGAUAUUUAUUAUAACCAAAUUUCCUGUAUAUAGUACACAGGAGGCGACAAAAACCAUGGAAUCAACUAAAACCACGGAGUUAAUCGAAAUCACAGAAUCAAUAGGAAUGAAGGGAUCAACAGAAAUCACGGAAUCAACAGGAAUCACGGGAUCAACAGGAAUCACGGAAUCAAUACAAAUCACAGAAUCAACAAGAGUCACGGAAUCAACUAAGACCACAGAAUCAACAGGAAUCACAGAGUCAACAGGAAUCGCGGGGUCAACAGGAAUCACGGAAUCAACAGAAAUUACGGAAUCAACCGAAAUCACGGAAUCAACAGAAACCAUAGAAUCAACUAAAACCACAGAAUCAACAAAAAUCACAGAAUCGACAGUAAAACCACGGAAUCAACCAAAAUUACGGAAUCAACAGGAUUCACAGAAGCAACCGGAAUCACGGGUUCAACAGGAAUCACGGGACCAACACAACCAAUAA